AUGAACGAGCAGUACGGCAACAGCGGUUACAACCAGAUCGACGGCUACGGCGCCAACCCGUACGACCAGCGCAACAACAACAACAACAACAACAACGGAAACGGCAACAACGAUGGCGGUCGCUUCAACAACUACUCGCAGGGCAACUACGACGACUCUGAGCUAGAGAUGCAAAACUACCCCCCCCAAGGCGGCGCAGACCCUAAUGCGAUCCUCAACGAAUGCCGCAAAGUCGACCGCGCGCUGGACGACCUCGACGGCCAGCUCGCCGACCUCGAGCGCGUCUUCAGACAGGUCCUGGCCCGCCCCGACAUGCCCUCGGGCGAGAUCAACAACCUCAGCACACAGAUCAUGACAGGCUACCGCGGCCUCGUCUCGCGCGUCAAGAACAUCAAGAGCAAGCCCGAGUCUGGCAGCCCCAGGAAUGCGCCCCAGGUCGGCAAGAUCGACCGCAGGCUCAAGGCCACCAUCAACAAGUACCAGACCCUCGAGGCCGACUUCCGGCGAGACUCCCAGGCUGCGGCGGAGCGCCAGUACCGCAUUGUGCGCCCAGAUGCUACCGAGGAGGAGGUCAGGGAAGCUGUCGCCGACCCGGACGCGCCCAUCUUCCAGCAGGCCCUUCUCAACUCCGACCGCCGCGGCCAAGCCUCGAGCACCCUCCGCAACGUCAAGGAGCGCCACGACGCGAUCCAGAACAUCGAGCGCCAGAUGGUCGAGCUCGCCCAGCUCUUCCAGGACCUCGACCAGAUCGUGCAGCAGCAGGAACCCCUCGUGACCAACAUCGAGCAAAAGGGCGAGGAGAUCCACGACAACGUCGUGCAGGCGAACACAGAAAUCGGCGGCGCCAUCGAAAAGGCCCGCAGCCGCAACCGCAAGAAGUGGUGGUGCCUGCUGAUUGUGCUGCUGAUCAUCAUCGUCGUCGUCGUCGUCGCCGUUGUCGUCACCCAGGUCAACAAGGCCGCUGCCGGCGGCGGCACCUGA